GGAAGCACUAAGAGAGAGAGAGAGUCGGAGAGAGAGGAGUGUCAGAACAGCGCCUAGAGAGAGACACCGACACGGAGAGAAAGAGAAAACUGGGACAAGCGUUAGGAAUUGACAUGGGCUGUCCAAAUGGGAGGCAAACCGAGUCCGUGGAAGGAAGAGCAGCCGUGAAUCUGGGGGAAACACAACAGCCCGAGCAGACUGGAUUCUGGUGACCGAGACCCUGCUGCUGUAUUCUCUUCAUCAUCCCGUCUUCCUCGUGAUCCAGACUCAGAGAUCUGCUCUUCUAUCUCACAUUUGACCUUGGAAGGGCCUGCCUUCCUGACCCAGGAAGAUGCCGAUUCUCAAGCAGCUAGUGUCCAGCUCGGCCCACUCAAAGCGCCGUUCACGAGUGGACCUCACAGCAGAGAUGAUCAGUGCUCCUCUGGGCGACUUCCGCCAUACCAUGCAUGUGGGGCGUGCUGGGGAUGCCUUUGGAGACACCUCCUUCCUCAACAGUAAGGCUGGGGAGCCAGACCCUGAGUCCCUCGAAGAGCAGGCGAGUGCUACCUCCUCAUCUAAACCCAGCCUCCUUUCUCGAAAGUUUCGGGGCAGCAAAAGGUCUCAGUCAGUGACACGGGGAGACCGACGAGACAUGCUGGGCUCUCUGCGGGAUUCUGCUCUUUUUGUGAAGAAUGCCGUGUCCCUGCCACAGCUCAAUGAAAAAGAGGCAGCAGAGAAGGGGUCUGGUAAGCUGCCCAAGAGCCUUUCGUCCAGUCCUGUGAAGAAGGCAGCCACUGGAGGGACAGAAGAGGAAGAGGUGGAGGAGGAAGGAGGAGCUGGGGAGAAGACACCCCGUCUGAAUGGAUCUGGGGGUGCCCACUCUCCUGACCCCAUCCUUGAUGAGCGGGCCUUUGGGGACAUCACAGACCUGCCUCAUGUACCCAAGGCUGGCUAUGGGUUGAAGCAUGCAGAAUCUAUUAUGUCCUUCCAUAUUGACCUGGGGCCCUCCAUGCUGGGGGAUGUCCUUAGCAUCAUGGACAAGGACGAGUGGGACCCAGAGGAAGAGGAUGGUUGCCAUGGUGAUGAGGGUCCAAGCCACAGCAGCCAACCCCCUCUUCCUGCUGCUGUUCCUCUGCUACAGCAGGAAGGGAAGCCUGGUCCAGACUCACCGUUGCUGCCUCCGUGCACUUUGGAGGAUGAGGGCUGGGCAGCAGCAGCUCCCAGCCCGGCCUCUGCCCGCAGUGUGGGCAGUCAUACCACAAGAGACAGUAGUUCCAUCUCCAGCUGUGCCUCUGGAGUCCUAGAGGAACGAAGCCCUGCACUCCAUGGGCUGGAGAGGGCUCGGGUCCCUCUUGCCCGACAGCCAAACAAAGAGUUCUCCUUUAUGGACGAGGAAGAGGACGAGAUCCGUGUGUGAAGGGGAUGGGGGGAGUGUUGAGUGGCUCUGUACAACUGACUUAUUUUCUGUCCCCACUCCCUGUGACUUUCCACCUUUCUAUGGGGCUCCCAGAGUCCAGGUAGAAUAGCCCUUUGAAGGGUCCUUGGCAGGAAGUCUUAGUUGCAGGAGACACCUCUGUAAUUCAUCUUUGCCUGUGAAUAGAAUAUUUGGUCCUCUUUGUGACUCCUUUCUCCUAGAUGUGGGGUUUGGUGGAACCUGUGAGUCAAGCAACUCUGGGUUGGAGCGGGUGGGGCUGGAUUAUCUACCUGACAUCUAUGGACAGCUUGCUCUUACCCAAGACAUCCAGAGGUCAGGGGUGUUUUCUUGGCCAAUGAACACUUCAACAUGAAGCAGGAAUCCAUUUUCCUCCUUUCUCUCCAGUCCCCUUCCUUCUUACCUCCUCCCAAAUGAAUGCCAGAUGUCAACCUGAUUGCCUCUCCACAUUAAGCAAUACCAGGUCGGCAGAGCCAGACCUCUGUCUGAUCUCCAUUUCUCCAGGUCAUAGUGUGUCUCCCUCUUUUCUCCCUUCCCUUUCCAUGUGUCUCCCUCUCUCCUACCCUGUGUGGCUUCCUCUUCUCUCCCAAUUUGUGUCUUUCUAAGUUUCUCCCACCCCAUGUUUCGUGUUUCCCCUAGAUUUUUAUCUUGUUCUCUGGCUACUAGCCAUUGCUGGAUUGAGAUUCGAGCAUGAGAAGAAGGGGUUUGGCAUUACAUAUGGUGCAGGUGGGGGAUCCUUUGAGAAGCCCCCCCCCCCAUCUACCUAUUUCUUCACUUAUGUUUCUGUUUUAAUAGAUGGAAACAGGGGAAACUGUUGGGAGGAGAGCUAUAAAGUUCUUGGAACCUGAUUGGGAAAUGUUCCCCUGGUCCACUCCUCUUCCUUUGGGAGCCCUCUUGCCACCCCCUUCUAAGAACAGAAGCUGGGAGGAGCUUGGGGCUCCCCUAAACGGAGCUGGGGCUCCCUUUGUCUUGGAGGGUAAGGAGUUUGGCUGUGGGGGAAGGGGAGGCAGUGGUUUGGGAGCUGUAGCCAGUCCCUCCUUCUCGAGCUCCCCUCCCCCUCAGCAAUGCUCCAUUUCUGCCUCCCAGAACCCAGGCAGGAAGUCUGGGGCCCCUUGGAGUUAAACAGCACCAGGUGGCUGCAUUGGGGUAGUAUACAUGGAAAAUCUCCCCUUUCCCACAGCAGCCUCUGGGGAGCAAGGAGAAGAUGAUGAUGGGAAGGAAGGGCCUCCAGGUUGUGAUUCUGAAAUUUAGUCUAUCCAAAUGGGAGCAGUGAUAAUAACAAAACACAGGCCUGAGGUUCUCCCCAGCCCCCAAACACAGGGACCAGCUAUUGGCUCAGCCUGCCUUUUUUUUUUCUUCAAAUAAUGUGGGUGUAGUUUAUCUUUUUAAUUUUAAUCUAGUUCCUUUGAGGGGGAAAAAAAGGCAUUUAUGGUAAAUAGGGUCCCUCCCAGACUUGCCCGUUCUCUGACCUGCACUAUUCCCCUUAAGAGUUUCAUUUAAAUCCCAGCCCCCACUGUGGGCUGCCCAUCCCUUGGGCUUCUGGUGGGAAGGUUGGGCCCCCCACCACUAGAGAGCUGUACAAGUCCCACUGUGUUAGUAUGUCAGCCUUGCUCUGGUAUUGGGGUUUCAGCACAGACCGACCUCAGAGGUCAUUUAGUCCAAUUAUCCCUUAACAGGAAUCCCCUGUACAAUAUAACAUUCCCAACAAGUGGUCCUCCAGCACUGAUGGAAAGACCUCUGGUAAGUGAGAAGCCAUUACCUCCCAAGACAGCCCAUUUCAGGUUGGCUUAGCUCUGUUAGGAAAUCUUUUCCUUACAUUGAUCUUAAUUCAGCCUUUCUACCACUUCUACUCCUAGUUCAGCCUUUAAGGCCCCAAGAAUAAAUCUCCGGUUCCUUCUGCAAAUACUUUGAGGCAGCUAACAGAUUCCCAACCUGAAAUCUCAUCUCCAGCAUAAACACCCCCACUUUCUUCAACUAGGCCUCGAAAAGACUUGGCCUCCAGCCCUCCUGUUCAGCCUUUUUCUUCUCUGAAAGCUACCCUGACUGCCCCCUCAUCUGUCUUCUUGACAUAGUGGCUUUGGGCAGGGCAAGAAGCCCAAAGAAACAAAUAAAACUAUAGCCUAGGUCUGGAACCGGGGGGUAGCGGGGAGAAGGUGAAAGGGAAGGGAUAGAACAAGACUGAAACAACUAGUGAUGCAGGUGACGGUGACUAUAUGAAACACUAACUUAGUUCUCUAAAAGCACAGACUUGGGUAAUGUCCAUGGCCAGUGACAGUUGUGAAUCGCAAAGGGGUAAUAAGCCUGUUGGGACAGGGAGAGGGUAAUGGGGAUGGACCCCACCCACCCCUGUGUGGGCAGCACAUGAAAUGUUUACUGGUGAUAAUGUAGCACACACUAAAAUGCAUAUUCUUUUUUUUAAUGAGGCCUAUGGAAGACAGAGAGGAAACAUUAAAAAUCUUUAGUGAUGCUUGGUGUUUUCAA